CAUUCCCCGUGCACAACCAAUUGAUUUGAUUUGAUGACAUAAAAGGUGCAAAAGAAAAGAAAAAGCGGCGUUUGUGAGUGUUCGAAAAUGCAUCCAUACGCAUAUGAUUUAUCACCUUUGAUGAACGACAUCAGCUACACUACUUACCCAUAUCCCGAAGAAGAAUAUGAAGAUGAUUAUCUCAAUCCACUCGGAAACGACGCCGUUUCAGAAACACCUUCUCCUCUUCCUUUCGGUAUGGAUUGGAGUCCACCGCCACCUAAUUGGAACGGUCCCACCACUCUCUGGCCCCACACUUCUUCCUCCUCUUGGACUUUCUCUUCCACCAUUCCUUCUUGGCUUCUUGUUCCUCAAUCCACUCCUUCUUCUGAUCCCGUUGUGUUUUACAAAAUUCAAGUUGGUGUUCGAUCCCCUCAAGCUAUUACCACUACCAGAAUUAUAUUGCGCAGAUUCAGCGAUUUUCUUGACUUGUUUUCUCAACUCAAAAAGGAAUUUCCCAUGAAAUACCUGCCUUCGCCACCACCGAAAAAGAUACUGAGAAUUAAAAGUGAAGCUCUUUUAGAAGAGCGACGGCGUUUAUUAGAGGAUUGGAUGAAAAAAUUGUUAUCCGAUAUUUCUGUAUCGAGAAGUGCACCAGCAGCAAUAUUUCUUGAGUUAGAAGCUGCUGCUAGAGCAUCAUUUCACGAUGCGAAUCAGCCUAUUUCAGAUGAACAGACUUCUGGUGGUACUACACCAUCACAUAGGAUCCAAGAUGGUUCACAUGGUUUUGUUAAAGCUCGUGGUUCAUCUGCUGCAUCUGUUUCUGGUGAUGAUACCCCUUCUGAGGUUUCUGAGCUGGGAACACCGAGGCAUGCAAAAUUUGAAAGUUCUGAUCAUAUUGUGGACAAUUUAACAUCGUCGCAUGACUUAAAUAAUCCAACUGAAACAAGUGUUGAUCAUGCUGCAUCCAGCCAAGACUUUAUUAAUGAGGAUAAUAGUACAGACAAGGUCGCCGAGAAUUCUGGUGAUGCUAUAGCUCUUCGCCUAGAUGGAGCUGACUUCACACCAGCUAAUGCUCAUGUCAAAAGACCGUCAACAGAAAGCAUUGGAAGUGACUUAACAUCGAGUUCAGCUGUGUCAACUUUGCUUCAGGAUGUUUCGCAUGACCUUCCUGGGAGCUGUGUAUCCUCUGGAAACUCAGAUUUGUUAUUGACUCUUCCAUUGGAUGAGCGACACAAGUUGAAUAGAAUUAUUAAUACCCAGAAGCAGAGACUAGCCACGGCAAAAACGGAUGUUGAAGAUCUUGUAGCAAGAUUGAAUCAAGAAAUGGCUGCAAGACAAUAUCUUGUGACAAAGGUCAAAGAUUUGGAAGUUGAACUUGAAACAACUCAACUGAACUGCAGAGAAAACAUGCAGCAGGCUGUUUUAACCGAAAAGGAAAGGUUUACACAAAUGCAGUGGGAUAUGGAGGAACUUCGGAGGAAUUGCCUCGAGACAGAAAUGAAAUUGAAGUUUGAAGAGGAUGAAAGGUUGCUAGCGGAGUCAACAAAAGCAUCCGUUAUUCAGGAGAAGCAAAUGUUGCAGCAAGAGCUAGAUGUGGCUAGAGAACAACUUAAGCACUUGCAGAAACAUCAUGAUGAGUUUGAGAUGAAAUCAAAGACAGAUAUGAAGUUGCUAGUAAAGGAAGUGAAAUCCCUUAGAAGCUCUCAGUUAGAACUAAAGCAGCAGCUCAGCGAAUUGAUGGAGGAAAAAGUAGAUGUGGAGAGAACUCUUCAGAAGGAAAAGGAAAGAAUACAGUUUUCACAUGAUGCUAAUGCAAAGUUGUUGCAUGAGUGUGCAAUCCUUCAGAAGAGGCUUCAGGAGUGCAGUGUAAAUUUUCUUGUUGAAGAGGAAGAUAAACUAAAUGUUGAUACUUCACCAUCUGAUGCUUUGGAUUUGUUAGCAACAUCAGAUAAUCGGAUUGGUCUCUUGCUUGCAGAGGCACAGCUCUUGGCACAAGAUGUAGAAAAUGUUGUGGAUGCUGCGGAAGGAUAUAGAACUACAGAUGAUACUGGGACAACUAAUGAAGAAUUAAGGAAAAUGUUGGCUAAUAUUUUUGUAGACAAUGCCAGUUUAAGGAAACAAGUCAAUUCUGUUAUCCGUUGUGCUCUCAAAUCUGAGGAGAAUGAGGAAGAUGAGAUCCAUUUGCAAAAAACUUUUCUAAGCAAGUUCUUAGAGAGAUAACAUCUUCAAUACUGUGUACUGUAUGUACCCUAUGUAUGUUACUAGGUUACCUCUGUUUUUUUUUUUGAGAGCUACUAGGUUACUUGUGUUAAUAUUAUCUUUAUGAUCGGGUAUAGUUUCAUUGCCGGAAUAGAAUUCUCUGCAAAUCAUAAAGCCAAUAAUCACAUUUAGCAAGCAAGCCAACCAUGCUGUUUGUUUCUUCAAACUGAUUAUUGUGAUUAAUAUGAUUGCGAUGUACUGUACCAAUUGAUUGUUGCAAACCUAAAUCGCCCGUUUUUUUAUAGAUUAAAA